GGAAUAAUAAUGAGUGGCACAGCAUUUUCAUUCCCAACUCGGUCACAACAAUCAGCUGACUUGCUAGAGACUGUUCAAGAACUCGUUGGUUGUGAAGAAGCGGAUGAUAUUCUUCAAUGUCUGCGGCAACAGCCUGCCGACAAAUUUGAAAUAGUUUUCACUUCUGCAAUAAUGGUUAUACUGCCAUCUUCCGGUGAUGCCUUUCUACCCAAACCAAUUCCAGUGCUGGUCAAUGACGUCAAGUAUCUCGAUACUGUAGGUUUCUUCAACAGGGACUAUAUUGUCAGUAUUACAAAACAUGACGGAUACAUUCGAAUCAAUUCACACAUUACUGGCAUCUCUGAACUUCUGCAGUUACCUGAACAUGUGGGGAAAUCUCUGUUGCUGGAGUAUUUGAAGUCGUAUGAAGACUUGGAGAAAGCUGUCAUCGCUCUCAACACGGAUUACUUCUACCUCCAGCGCAGUAACUACUUCCUUGAUAC